AUGGCAGCAGCCUCGAAUUUUUUGGUGGGCCAAAGGGACUUGCAGAUAUUGUCUCUGAGAAGGCUUUCGUCGAAUUUAUCUACUGCAUCAGCCAUUGAUACAAGCGAUGGAAGGUUUAUUAAGGGACUGAGCUCUUUCAAGUUCAAAUGCUGUUGCUCGGACAAUUAUGGCAAUAAAUUUCAAAUUCAUGAUAAUGAUAUUUUUAGUAACAGUAAUGGGGUGCAGAAGGCAAGGGCGUUUGGUCCGUGCUUGCCGCAAUUUCUGUUUGAUUCAGAGGAAGUUGUUAGUGUGGAGGACAGGGCAAACAUUGUGGAUUAUAGUGCCUUUAUUGGCGCUCGCGAUGGUGGCUCUACCAAUAGAGGAAACUCGACUGGAUUUCCAGAUCAGCUCUUGCCCGAGAAAAUCAUGAUUGCGGUGGAUGUUGAUGAGGUUCUUGGAAACUUUGUAUCAGCUCUCAAUCAAUUCAUUGCAGAUCGAUAUUCUAUAAAUCACUCAGUUUCUGAAUACCAUGUCUAUGAGUUUUUUAAGAUAUGGAACUGUUCUCGUGAUGAAGCUGAUAUACGCGUGCACGAGUUCUUUAAGACAUCUUAUUUUAAGAAAGGGAUUCAUCCAAUUCCAGGUGCCCAGAAAGCUCUUCAAAAGUUGUCCAAAUUUUGUAAUCUGUCCGUUGUUACGUCCCGACAGAAUGCAAUUAAGGAGCACACAAUUGAAUGGAUUGAGAGAUAUUAUCCGGGGUUGUUCAAGGAGAUCCAGUUUGGAAAUCACUUUGCAUUGGAUGGAAAGUCCAGAUCUAAAUCAGACAUUUGCAAGUCCUUGGGAGCAAAGGUUUUGAUUGAUGAUAAUCCAAGAUAUGCAAUCGAGUGUGCUGAAGUUGGGAUCAAGGUUCUUCUUUUCGAUUAUGAGAAUUCGUAUCCUUGGUCCAAGAUGGUUAAUCGACAUCCUCUUGUCACCAAGGUCCACAACUGGGAAGAGGUGGAGCAUCAGUUAGGAUUGUGGAUUACGCCAUGA